AGUACGGCAGCGACAAACAUAAAGAGGAUCUAACUAUCCUCCAGUAUGGGCCGGUCUUUUUACAAACACGCUCACCCUGAAAAUUUGUCUUGUCGUGGUAUUAAAAGCAUGAUGAGCCACGAGAUCAACACAUCACUCGUUACGAAUUCAAUAGGCACGGAUGCAAGAAAAAAUGAAUUUGUCUGUACUAUCCUGUAUGGACGAUGUAGCCAUAGGUAUCGAACACCACCUAUCAUAUGUACUAGCAGAAUGAAGUCAUUGUCAACUUAAAAAACCUGAAAGAAACUCCAUCCAAAUAGCCUUCGUCACCAUAAUAUUUUUAUGUCAGUCCUGGUCUAGCCGGAAGGAAGGGCAGCCAGGAGCUCCACUGGAGGAAAAGGCGGAAUAGUUUUGGCUCGUUUAUUGUGUGUGUGACGAUUGAUCGUCUAGUAGUGUUAGCUACGGGCACUUACUUCGAAAAAAUUAUUGCAACUACUCAUAAAAGACUAAGGCUAUUCAUUGAUUUUUCUCUCGUAGGGAUUCACUGUGUCCUUUGCAAAGUCUUUUGGUAUUUGUAGCAUGCUGUGAUCAAAAUUUGACUAUUCUGAUGAUGGUCUAUGCAUUGAAUAUAAAUCGAAGGUGAAAAAGACCAUGCCCUGGCUGGAUCUAUUGAAUUUCAUCAGAUUCUUAACGGCGAUCACGUCACUAUUGAAUAAGGCUAACUACCUAAAGAACCGAAGUGCCUAGACCUAAAUAAAAUGAUUUCAGAUUGAAAGAAGCCAUGUCGCGGUAUGUGAAUUUCUUGUUUCCGGCCAUGAGCCGGCUCUACUGCCCUCGUCGCAAGACGUCGUGUUGUAGCGAGAACGAAGAGGGGGAGCCGCGUGGUGCGCUCGAGUUGUCCGAUUUGCCAGAAAAUCAUGAGGGAGACGAGAUUCAUCUCGAGAAAGGCGCAACUAAAGACGAAACUGGUGAUGAGGAACAAGCAGGUCGCCUGGGAGAGGAGCCGGGUCUUCCUCAACCCGAUAUGGAUGAUCCGGAAGUUCUACAGUUGCGUUGCUGGCCACUCCUGGUAGCGGCAGCGUUCUACCAGCUCGUCCAACUGGCUGCUGUGCUUCUGUUCUUCGUCGCGUUCUUCAACAUGGUGCAGGCAAUGGACGUGUGUGGGAGAAGCCUUGUUGCAGCGCCAGGAGGAAGUGUGAACAAUGUCAAUGGCCCGGUUAAGAACGUUGUGGCUCCGACAAACGGUCGCAUUGGCCCAGGAGCACCCCCAGCACCAGCUCCUGCAAAUGGUAACAACAACAAUGCUGGACUUGGCGGAAUUGCUCCAACUCCUGCGAUAAGCGAUCCCGUCAGUGAGCAAGAGUUCCUCUUCCUGCCAUUGCUCGUGAAGGAUGCUCAGCGCGACUGUCAUACCAGAACCUACUGGAGCUACGGCGGUAUGGUGCUUGCGUCCGUAAUUGUGGCUGCAAUAAGCGGCGCGAUGAGUCUGCAAUUGAUGACGAUUUACGGACAGCGCAAGAAAGUUUCGCUGUGUGCACGUAUUUUCGCGAAAUUGCUGCGACUGCGGUCCCACUACCUUGCGGGCGGUAGUGCGGAGGUACUGCAACUUGUAGGCGAAAGCAGCGCGUGGACCGACUUUGCCCCGUUCUUGCACUUGGUGUGGUAUGUGCCACUCUUGGUCGUCGGUGCUUCCGUCUUGCUCUUUCGCAUCUUGGUUCCGGGUCGCACGCCGCAAGAAGACGCAAACAGCCAACUCGCAUCGCGUGGAACCGGAGUUGCGAUUGGUGCCGUUGUACUUCUCGCGCUCGGCACAGGCGUAAACUUGUUGUUGUCGAAACUUGGAAGCGGCUUUCGCAAGCAACGCAGCGAGCACACCGAUUCUCGCGCACUCCUCACCGCGGAAGCGAUUCGAGGAAUCAAGGUUCUCAAGUUCUUCGCUUGGGAGGCAGCGUUUCUCCGAAAGGUCAUGGCCGUGCGAGAAUUGGAACUGAAGCUGUUGACAAAGGAGCUCGCGACGUUUGCCGCUAAACUCUCUUCUCUCGGCAUUUUGCCGAGCCUCACCUACCUGUGCAUCAUCUUCUUCACGUCUCCAUCGUCCGAUGCUGGACCGGCGACGACCGGGAACGCCAAAGCUCAAGAACUUUCGACGGCAGCCGCGUUCACAGCAAGCGUGCUUGUCUACAAAAUCAGUUUUCCAAUCAUCCAGUUGGGGACCGUGUUCGAGAAUCUCUUUGCGCUGACCAACGCCCUAAACAAGGUCCAUGCCUUUUUAGACCGGGACGCGGAGUAUCACUUUUCGACAUCUUCUACCUCUACUGCUGGCACAAGUGCUGCGGGAGGAGGGCAAGGCGGGAGUGGAGCUGGUGUUCGCCAGUUGCAAGACACCUCUGCUAGUUCCUCUUCCUCAGACACUGUUGGCACAACGCGAAAAAAGGCGGAGCAUCUGGUAGACAUUGAGACAGGAAAACCCACUGUGGGCACUCCAACGCCAUUGGUGAAACUAAAGAAAUGCGAUUUGGGCUGGCAUCGGCGUGUGUGCCUGAGAGAGGUGUCGCAUCAGCUUCAAGUGGGAGAUACAGUUGUCAUUUUUGGUGCUGUGGCGAGCGGGAAAACCACUUUUCUGCAAGCGCUGUUAGGCGAAGCGGACGUCAUGCGCGGCUCGCGAAACGCUGCUGCGGCCAUGCAUCACUCACCGGCUGCUCCGCCGCGUGUGAGCUUUGUUUCCCAGGUCGCCUUCUUGUUCCAGGGUAGCGUGCGCGAGAACGUGCUGUUUUACCGUAAGUUUGACGCGGAGAAGUACGAUAAGUGCCUUAAAUUGAGCGCACUCGAGGCAGACGUGCAAUUACAGUUUCCGCAUGGGGACGCCACCCAGGUUGGAGAGCGCGGUGGCAACCUGAGUGGGGGCCAACGGAUGCGCGUGGCCCUGGCGCGGGCAUUGUACGAAUUUGAAAAUACCGACCUAUUCCUCUUUGAUGACAUUUUUGCUGCGUUGGAUAGUCGGACUGCAGUCCAAAUUUGUGCCCUUUUGACGGGUGCGAAAAGCUCCAGCCAAACCUACGUGUUUGCCGCGAACAAGGACUACUGGGUCGUCGACUCGACUGCCCCUGCAGCGGGGAAAGCUCUGCCGCGCAAGCUGUACAUUCAGCCGAGUGGCCGCAUCAUCGAGAGGUCCGCCCUAAGAUCCCGCGGUACGAAAACUCAAGGAAUUGGCCCACCCUUCGCAAAUGUCACUAGUACAGGCAUGUUGGGUGGAGAUCUACCACGACAGGACCAGCACGUUGUCGCUCAGGUGGUCGAAGGCACAGCGCAGCAAAUCACUUCUCCUACGGGCCUUCCUAUUGAUCAUGGCCUUCAGGUUGACAAAACAACUGGAGAGGUUGAUCAGACUCGUUCGACAGAAGGGACGACUACACAAGUUCCGGUUGUAGUCGAGGAAAUUCUGGAUCGUGCUGAUCGGCGCGACGACGAGGCCUUGUUAUUGAACAGCUACUCUCUAGCACAUGUGCUCAACUUGCAGGGCGCAGGACCUGGAAGGCCACGACGCACUCGCGCUGCGCUUGACGGCUUGUUUGGUGUCGACGAGGAGGACGAGGAGGAUGACGCCGAGGCCCAAUUCCAACCUACGGAACUUGACCUUGACGGCACAGAAGCUCCAGACGAUGACGGUGGCGACUUGUCCGAGGACGAUGACGAAGCUAAACAGUUCCUUACGCGUGUGAACACUGUGGCUGAUGCCGAACAGCAGACGGCCGAUACGUCGCAGGCUCAAAUCGGUGAACAGCUGGCGCCGUUAUUCAACAGUCUGCUGCCAGGCGAGCUGGCUUUGUCGAAUUCCUCGAUGCUUUUGCAUACGCUCCUUGGCCAAGGUCAAGGCGGCCUGGGAGGUGUUGACGGCGUGGGUCUAUUUGCCCAGCACGCUGGACAGUCGCCACCAACCUUGUUAGGGGGAGGGCCGUCGCUUUUUGCAGAGGCGAACAUGCAAACAACAGCUGAUGCGAAUGAGGAAGAAAAUACCGUGGGCUCACCUGCACACUUCCGCAGUCUCAGACCAGCCGGCUCAACACUUGCUUACAAAGAGCAGGAACAAGAUACUCCUGUUAGUCCCCGUACUCCGGCGCAGAGGGGAGCAGAGACGCUGGAACGAGCGCUGUCCUACCAAGAGCACCAGCAGGAGCCUGCUCAAUACGACGUUGAAACGCGAUUGAUGGAGGGUCUAGCUGCCAUUGUAGAGCAACAGGACGAUGAAAACGCUCCUUCGCCGUUCGGAGCCUCUCCUGCAGAGCAGCAGCAAGAUGUCGCGGUGCUCCUCGCCACCGCUUUUGGUGCGGAUGCCAUUCCCCGUGAAUGGAACGAGUCUGGCACUGUGGAGCACGCGCCAGACGAGGAUGAUGGCGCACAGGGAGGCGCAGAUGGGUCGGGGAAAUACGCGUCCGGUGCAGGAGUUCUAGAAGCAAGAGGCAGAAGCAAGCGCCGUGUAAGCAGAGACAGUAACGCGAGCGGCCGAAGCACGGUAAUGAAGAAAACGGCUUCGCAGAAAAUAAGCACUUCCGGUGUGCAUGAAACCAAAAUUGAGCAGGUAGAGGAUGCUACUGUUGCAAAAGAAGCUGAACAAGCGAACAAGCGGGCUGUCGUCGUAGCUUCCUCUCCGAGGAGAAAAGUCAAGCCUCCUCCAACCGAAGACAAGCUAGAACCGUGGAAAGUCUACAUCGCCAACAUGAGUCGCGCUGCUGACCGACUGAAAAUGGAGUUGGUUCACGAGAAAGCAGACGAAGAGGAUGACGCUGUAGCAGAGACCGCAGCCAAGCAACAAGCUGCUGCUACUUCUUCGACGUUUUCCUCGUCCGUCACACGUACGGUAUUUUCUGUAAGACUCUACGUUCCUUUUUUGCUCUGGCUGGGCUUCGGGAUCAUGGAGCGCGGCUUCGACUUCGUCUCAAACGUAGGGCAGGUCAAAUGGGCUAACUCGGUGGUCACGGAUCGAAAGCGAUGGUGGUUCGUCUUCUUCUUGGUCGCUCUGUUUCUGUCGCAGCUUGCCAAAGCGGGUGUUCGAUUACUGUUUCCGCGCCUGGCCGUGAUCAGCAGUCGUCGCAUGUUUUCGCAGAGCUUUCUUGCAGUCCUGCGCGCGCCGAUGUACUGGCUCGAAACCACAAGUUUAGGAACGUUAUUGCAUCGGCUGACCUUCGACGUCGAACAGACCGAUAGUCGUUUGCCGCUUCACUUCUUCCCGUUUAUUAUUUACGCAUUUUGGAUCGUCUGCGCAGUUGGCUAUCUGUCGCUGUCGCUGUGGCCGUGGUUCCUGCCUUUUGUGGUCGUUCUAUUCUUGCUUCCAGCCUGGUUUUGCCUGCGUCCCGCAGGCGCUUUGCAGGUAGAUAUCCAGAGCCUCGACAAUGAAGGUGACUUUCUGUCUCUCUUGACGGAAGUAUCUUCGGGAUUGACCACAAUUCGUCCCCUCGGCCGGUCGCGUGUCUACUUGUCUCUGUGUUGUUUUUUCCUGAAUCGACAGACGCGGGUCUCUCUCGCGGCCGCACAGGCUUCCCGAUGGCUUCAGGUGCGUCUCGAGCUGCUCUCCGGCCUCGCGUGGGGCUGGGUACUCAUUCUUUGUCUAUCGAUGCCGCGAAGGUCGCAAGGCGUCUGGCAAGCCGCCUCUCUCGACCCGGCUACGACUGCAAGUGCGCUUGGGUGGCUGACAAACUUCGGUGAGGCAACGCUGUACUGCUACCUUUUUUACGCCCAGACAUCUCGUAGCCUUGCUUCAGUGCUGCUUUUACAUCGAGCGGGGCCUGCUUUUGUGCCUCGUGACGGCGAGCACUGCGAGCUUGAGCACUUUUUCGACGACGAUCCUAAGAAGAAGCCUGAAAAUCAAGACAAACAGCAAGCCGUGACAGAUCACGACCUUGGUAAAGAAAGCGAUGCUCUGCUUCUGCCUGGCAAAGAUGGUGCUCACGUCAAACAGGAAGAUCCUGACGAAGCCAAUUCUGAUGCAGACCUCGAGAUCGACCUGGAAAUUGGGCGUAGCAGAAAUUUCCUUACCGCAAGUGGCUUAGCCGCACGACGAAAAAGCAGCAGCGUCUUUGAAGAAGAAGACCCACAACAACUUAUAAGAGGGAAUGCAAACGCAAACCCCUAUGCGCACGAACAAGGAUUAGUCCUUGACAAUGUAUCGAUGAAGUAUCGCAAAGCCCUGCCCAACUUCGUCCUGCGCGAUCUCAAAUUCUCGUUGGCGCCGGGAGAGCGCUGCGCGGUCGUGGGGCGUACUGGAGCGGGCAAAUCGUCGGUGGCGGUGGCGAUCUUCAAUCUCGCGGAGGAAAUUAUGGGUGACGCGCGACUCAAUGGUGUGAGCCUUUUGGCGCCGCAGCCGGUUGAUGUCAGCCGACGCCGGGUUGGGAUCAUUUCUCAGGAGCCCCUACUAUUCGUCGGCUCGUUGCGCUACAACAUCGAUCCCUUUGAAGAGUUUUCGGAUGAAGAGUGUCGACGUGCCCUGAGCAUGUCCUGUCUAACCAUUACCCAAGAUGAGGAUGAAGUUGAGUCUGACGACGGCAGUGAAGAAGACAUCAAAGAAGAAGCUGGAAAUGAUGUUGAAGAUGAGGACACUGUCAAGGCAGAUGAGGAUCCUCAUGGCAACGGCUUAACCGAGGAAGACGUGAAGUUUGGACUGAAAUAUCCUCUGGACUUUCAGAUCGAAGCGGGAGGAGCCAAUCUGUCAAUGGGCGAACGCCAGCUCGUCUGUCUCGCGCGUGUGGUCUUGCGCGCUCCGGAGAUGCUGGUGUGUGACGAAGCUACCGCGAGCCUCGACUUGGAGACUGACGCGAAGGUGCAGAAAGCAAUCCGCGAUUGGCUCCAAACGCAAAAAGACCGCGCAGAAGAAGCGGCUUUGAAGAAAGACGAGGAAAACAAUCAAGCUGACCACAUGACUGAGGGACGAGGUGGCGAUCACGGCCAGGGCGUCGCGGGAGCCGGCGCAAAGUCUGCCUCUACCACACAAGUGCUGCCUCCAUGUUGUGUGCUCACCAUUGCGCACCGACUCGAAACAGUCGCUGAUUAUGACAAGGUGUUGUUUCUGGAGCGUGGGACGAAACUCGAAUUUGGAUCGCCUCAAGAGCUGCUGAGCGACGAAAGUUCCAACUUUGCGCAGUUGGUUCGAGCGGCCGGCGUCGAUACGGAGCUUAGAGUCCGACAAAUCGUUUUCGGGGAGACAACAGCGUAA